CGAUUUGAUCAUCAUAGAGACAUGAGGCUGGACAUAGACAACAUGAGUUACGAGGAACUCCUAGCGCUGGGUGAAAGGAUUGGGAAUGUCAGCACAGGCGUGUCUGAAGAUUUGAUACCAAAGUGUUUGACAGAAACGAUCUAUUGUUCGUCAGAUCAAAUCCAAGAGGAAGGCACAUGUGUGAUCUGCCUGGAAGAGUACGAGGACAGGGAUGAUGUGGGGGCAUUGAAAACUUGCGGCCAUGAUUACCAUGUGAGCUGCAUCAAAAAGUGGCUGUCAAUGAAAAACUCUUGUCCAAUCUGCAAAGGUUGUGCUCUCCCUGAUAAUAUGAAGUAGAAAUAAUUUAAUCGCAUCACUUGUGCUUCAUUACAUUGGCAUUCUUGUAUAUAUAUUUAGGGAUAAUCCUCAAAAUGGAGGAAGCAGACUUGUUUUGUGUAUUGUAAAGGGAAUGCUAGCCAAUUUCAAUCCAUUUGUUUCAUUUCAGGCUUCCAUUUAAAUAUUGUGAAGCCUUUUUUAAACCCUUAUUAUUUUCAUGGGGCUUUAGUGCAAAGAAUAUUUUAUUUUAUUCA